GAAGGGGGGGGGAUUCCCAAUACAUCUUCCCCCAACAGGACAAACGUGGAGACGAGACCAAAAUGAAGAAAUGGCCCACAUCUCCCGGACCCGGCUGACGAACCGAGCCGGGUCCACGUCCUGUCUACACCUUGGUAGAAAUAACUUGGAGGGAUUCAAAACGACGAACCGUUUCAAAAGCCACCUCCUUAACCUGACCGACAGCCGUGCGGAUUAUCCUCCACUUCCGCUCCGAGGCGAAGGAACCACAUCUACCCGCGUGCCGCGUCCUCUGGGCUCCCCGACGUGGAGGAGGGGCGGGGGGUGUCGCCCCACACACCGGCUGCUCAUUUAUCAGGUUCGCCGGCAGGUGAAUUUGCAUAAAACAGAGAAAGACACGCGGGACUUGGGCGAUGCAGUAAACGCACGAGACACGGGACACCACGCAGAUGGUCUCUGCGGGUUCAUCCGAGCGAGUUUGGCGGACUUCCUGCCGGCCCCCCCCCCGCGCGUGAGUCCGGAAUGGUUUCUCCGGGAAGCGCGUGUUUCGGCGUCCGUGGAAAUAAACAAAACCCCGCUCGGGUCCUCGAGUCAGUGUCGUGUGGCUCCAGUCCGCCCGGGGAGACCGUCCUUAACGCUGACGACCACUGCUUGGAUGACUUGCCCGACGAUCUCCGCGGUAUUCCGGGGCUGACGUUACCGACUCCCGCACCCCCCCCGCCCCCGGCUCACCUGGACCCCCCUUCCCGAGGCGGCCGCGGAGGCCUGACGCGUCCCCGUACCUUCACAGCGCCGGCGCGUCGAGAAGAAACCAUGUCCGACUUUCUCAUCUCCCUCCUGAUCCUCGCGCUCAUCGCGUGCUUGAUCGUGACCGUGGCGGGGUUCGCGCUCUACUCGGGACUCCUGCACGAGGUGGUGAUAAGGACGGGCUCGCCGCCCAUCCGGAGCGUCACCAUCGCCUACAAGUUCAGAGAGGGGUCGUACAAAGACUGCGGCGCAGCCUUCACCGAGAGCUGCAGCAUCGGCCCCAAGCUCAGAUCCAUCGGCGUCUACUACGACGACCCCAAGCAGAGGCCGCCAGAGAAGUGUCGCUAUGUGGUGGGCAGUAUCCUGAGCGAGGGCGAGGAGAAGCCCGACGAGGAGCUUCAGAGGCUGUACGAGAAGUUUGGCUUCAAGGUGUUCUCCCUCCCCGAGGUGACCCACGCGGUGACCACCACCUUCCCCUGUACCACCCCGCUGUCCUAUGUGCUGGGGCCCACCAAGGUCUACCCCAGCCUCUCCGCUUACAUCGAGGAGAGAAAACUGUGUGCGUUCCCGACUAUUGAGAUCUGUAACGAAGAUCUCACCCACUACAUGAUGCCAUUGUCCCGCCAGACCGACUUCUUCGUUCAGGAGAUGAGGGACGAGGUCAAAACAGACGUGAAAGAAGAGGACUCUGAUGAGGACAGAGGGACUGACAUUACAGGUGCCGACUCCCACAGUGACGUGAGCUCGGUGAGCAGCGGGGUGCCCUGGGACAGUAGAGAGACGUCCCUGGCUGCGUCCACAGCCGCCUCCUUGGCCUCCUCCCUCCCCCUGAGAGACCUGGCCGACGGGGAGGAGGAACAUGCCCAGCAACGGGCCCCUAGCGAAGCGGGCUCCAACAAGUCUUUGGGCAGCAGCUCCUCCUUUGAAGAACUGGAUAUGGUGCAGGAGGAGGGCAAGGAGGUAGAGGAGGAGGAGGAGGAGGAGGCGGUGGAUGGGAAGGAGGAGGAAGAGGAGGAAGGCCUUGAGGCUGAAGACAAAGCCAGUGAGCCAACUGAGUUGGCGGCUGAGAAAAUGGAGCCCUUAGGGGUUGGAGAGGAGUAGGAGAGGGAUUGAUGCCCAAGAGACGUGGGAUGUAACUAUACAAUGACAGCUUUGUUAGAUAGUUCUUCAGUCAUAGCUGUUGUCGGUUACCUGUCAUGUAAUCUUGUUGGUGGAUAUAUAGCCAUAUGCGCCAUGACCAACAUGCCAUAUAUCUGGGCCUUUCAAUACUAUUAAGCUCUAUAGCUUCUUUUUUAGCCUUCAAAAAGUCUUAUUUUUUUUCCCCAUGUAUAAUUCUCAAUCAUUUCUUUUCCCAGUACUUCACAUAUUUUCUUUGGAGAGUAGUAUUAACUGAGCAUCUACUAGCUUAUCAAAACUGCAAACCUUUUCCAGUACACCUGAAGUGCAUAUCCUGAGGAAUAGUUGAGAAUCAAGAGCUAUUUUUAAAAUUUGCAUAUUUCAGGGGAAUGUCCCGAGAACUUUGUGAAUCCUCCACCAUUCCCGUCUCGAAUCCUGUCCUGUAAAAUUUAAAGAAGAGAUUGCAGAAAUUAGAGCAUGGAUGUUGACGUCGCCGCCACACUUAUACCGAGUCUGAACCUAUUUACCUUGUAUGCUUGUUGAUAUUUUUCAAAGCUCUUUCCUUAUUGUUUGACACCUGUUCAUUUGCAAUACCUGGCUUCUGACUUUCUUGACUGGAAACUAACUACGAUACCCAAAACAUUCCGUAAUUUAGGAUACUGUGCGUUUGUCUUCAACCUAUGGGACGUCCCCCUCUAGAUGAUGGCCAAGUGGAUUAUGGAAUAAAGGCAAAGAAGUCAUGAGAGUUUGUAUAAGGCUGGCGUCCUCUUCACCCAAGGACGACAUGUGAAAAAUAAUCUUCUGAAAUCUUUGGUGGUUUGUUCGUCGGCAUUGAUGAAAAAUGCGCUAACAUCGGGGUUAGAGGAAUGACACAGUUUGCAGACAGUACAGUAGAUCUUCAAUUGUAUCAACACUCUCCUACCUGUGCUUUGUCCUUAACCCAUCUCUUCCCUUUGCUUUGCUCCACACUGCCCCCUUCAGUUUGGGGGCUGCUGAUAGAGCAUCUUGGAAGAAUAUAACGCGUCUCCGCUUUACUCCUUCAUUUGCCCACAGCCAGGGGGAUCUCUGCCUCGCCGGUCUGUUUGUGUACACCCGCAGUUUGGACGAGGCUGAACACCUGGGUGACCCUGACAUCGGGGGGCAGAGAGCAGAAUGAAUUCUUCAGGCUGGCCCAUGCAGGAGAAGGGUGUUGUGUUAGGGUGCAGCCUGACUCAGACACAAGGAUUCAUAGGAAAUGAAAAUGGUGUUUUCAACGCUGUGCUAAACUUUUUUUUUGUCAAACCGUGUUCAGGUAAUUGCUUCCUUAUUUCGACUUAGGCAUGUUGUACCCAUUGUUGGUUCGUUGAACCGCCUCGUUUUUUCCCCGGUCAUGUUGUAGCCUACUUUGACUCACUUCAGCAGGCUGGUUCUCCCAUAAGGGUGGCUCGCCUGGUGCUGUGAGUCACAGGGAAUAAUGUAUGUCACUUCACCGUGGAUGUGUCUCUCUGUUUUCAAUAAAUAUUUGGACU